AAUCCAGGAAGUAAACAAUGUUAUUAGCUUAUUAGCCUGUUAGCUACAAUGUUAUCAUCUCUGUAAUUAAACAACCUAACCGUUCUACGGCAGCCUCGACAAAAGGACGGCCAUGAUGCCUGCCAGAAGUGGCACGUCCAGCGGGACAAUCCCAAACAAUAAGGUGAAGUACUCCAGACUAGCAGACAGCGAUGAAGGGUACAUCGAUCUGCAGUUUAAGAGAAGUCCACCCAAAGUGCCAUACAAAGCCAUUGCUCUGGCAACAUUCCUCUUUCUGGUCGGGUCUUUACUGAUUAUUAUUGGAUCUCUGCUUUUAGCUGGGUACAUUCAUGUUGCGAAUCCAGAUCGGACGAUUCCAGUGCUUAUCAUCGGGGUACUUAUAUUUCUUCCUGGAUUUUACCACUUAAGAAUUGCCUACUAUGCUUCCAAAGGAUACCGUGGCUAUACCUACGAUGAUAUUCCAGAUUUUGAUGACUGAACUAUCAUCCCACCCAGUCCCUCCUGGUUCAGUAACAAGCUGGGACUUAGCUAUGGUAUAUACACAGUAUAUGCACAAACCUUCUGUUGUGUACUUAUGCAAAAUGGAAUGCAAAUUAUAUUCUCUGAUGUACAAGAUAUACUCUACGCUAUGCAAAAGGAAGUAUUAUUUAUAUUUAUAAUAUAAAGCCAAAUUGUUUAAGGCCUUGUGCUGUAUUGAUCCAAAGUGGUGUAUUUUAUGUGAUGUGUAUAUUGUAUAAUUGCCAGUGAUCAUAUUGUUUUAAAAUUAUUUUUUGCAAUGAUUUUUUUUAGUCUGGUUUAAAAAGCUGUAACUACAUGAUGCUUGCACCUUGUUCAUGUUAUCGCAGCUGUUUUCAGUUGAGCAAUUGUUUUAAAAAUUAAAAGGUUCUGCUGUUGUGAGUAGAAUUGUACAGUGUCGAAAAAGGCAGUUGUCCCCUUUGUUAUUCUUUUUUUUGCAUAUACACUGUAUGGCCAAAAGUAUGUGAAUACAUGACAUUAAGCUA